AUGGUCCCCAAAUCUUCAGACAAACCAACGGUUUGCACCAAUUGCCACUUCGGCGUACAGGAUACACAUUGUAAUUUAGACGAGCUUCAGCAACAAGCCAAAGAUCGGCGCGGACGAGGAAGACCCCAGAAAGCCCAGCACACCUAA